GUUUUGCCCCUUCCUCUGUUGAAUAGCGUAAACCUCUCUCUCUGACUAUCAGUCCUUUUAACCAUGGCCACCAUCGCCGCCAGGUCCGUCCUCCGCUCCGCCACCAUCUCCGCCCGGACCGCCACGGUGAGACUGACUGCUGGAGCCAAAACCAAGGCUACACAGUCCCCUUUUCGCAUCCCCACUCAGAACACCAUCUCUGCUCGCAUUUUCAGGUUACCUGUUGAGAUGAGCUUUGUUUGUGUGGAAUCGAUGCUUCCUUAUCACACUGCAACUGCCUCUGCAUUGCUCACUUCUAUGCUUUCCGUCGCUCCUCGGCGCCAUGCUUGGACUCUUGAAGGUAUAUCGGCUCUAUAUUUCUUGAAUUAA